AUGCUACUUGAGAUAUCAAAGCAAAAAGCUCAUAAUCAGGACAAGAGAGACCUUGAGGAGAUUGAGAAAGCUGUUAUCCCAACAAAACUUGAAGACCCAGGUCCAUUCAACCUACCAUGUUCACUGAACUAUAUGCACUUCAACAAGUGUCUAUAUGACCUUGGAGCCUCUGUAAGUGUCAUGCCCUUCUCAAUAGCAGAGAAGCUAGGAUAUGAAGAGUUCAAGCCAAGCAACCUCUACAUAAGUAUUGCUGAUGGGUCUAGGAAGGAUGUGGUAGGCAAGCUGGAGAACUUUCCAGUAAAGAUUGGCAAGGCAAUGAUACCAACUAACUUCAUUAUUAUAGAGAUGGAACAGGAGCCUGAUGAUCCUAUUAUCCUUGGAAGACCAUUCUUAGCCACUACAGGAGCUGUCAUUGAUGUUAAAAAGGGUGUGAUUAGCCUGGAUAUUGCUGAUGAGUUGACUAUGAGGUUUAAUGUCAAGAAUGCAACAAACCAACCAACCAUAGGAGAUCAACCCUUCAUUAUAGAAGAUAAAGCAGCUGAUGAGUCUUUUAAGAAAGAGAUGGACUCUAAGGUCAAGGUAUCAACCAAUGAGGUAGCUGUUCAAAACCUCAAGACUUCAGUUUAA